UUUUAAAUGCAAGCUUUAUAAUCCUAUCGUGAGGCAGGGUAAAACUGAGCGGACAUGGGAAGGGAAAAGCAGUCGUUACCCUGGAGUUGGACUGAAGCCUCCUGCCAGCUGGCAGUCAAGGACUUCAGCAUAAUUGACAACAAUUACCGAGAAGGUUGCUAACACAAAGAGAAUAUUCCUUCUGAAUAGAAAUUCUUAAAAAAAUGUUAAAAACUGGGCACUGAUGGCACCCACCUUUAAUUCCAGCACUCAAGACGCAGAGGCAGGCAGAUAUCUGAGUUCAGGGUCAGCCUGGUCUUCAGAGGGAGUUCUAGGACACUCUGUGUAGGUUACACAGAGAAACCUUGUCUUGAACUCCACCCUCCGUCCCCAAAUAAUAAUAUAAUGUUAUCUUAACCCCUUUGUACAAUCCUUGUGACUUAUGGUUUUAUCUGAUCAGACCGCAGUCCCUGAAAGGACCCUCUAGAGUCACCCUGAGCCACCCUCUAAACUCAUCUACUGCAGAGGGGGAAAGGUUUCCUUGAGCAACCUUUUGUUAACUUGAAAGCCACUAAAAUUUAUGCUCGGACAUUUAACCUGACUCCCUCUUGAGGAGCCCCCUUUUAAAUCAUAACUCGGUUGAGUAUUUGUCCUAGCAUUCAUAAAGCCCCAGCACCUCAUAAAACCAGAAGCAGUGGUCCGUGACUGUAACUCCAAAUUUCUCCAGUGGGGUUAGAAAGACAUUUGAACUUUAGGAUUACAGAUUAGUGUAAACUCUGGUCUCUGGAACCCUGAAAACCUCCACUGAGGAUCCGGGACGUCAGCAUGGAGCAAAUGAUACUAGGAGAUCGAAAUACUAAGGAAGCGGCGGCGGCCGCGAGGUGGCGACAAUUAAGUAUACCGCUUCGGAGUCUCAGCGACGUUUUUGCCUGCCGGGCACUCGUAGGUUCCGCCCUUUACAGGGUGACGCACUUCCGCCCCGCCGCUUCAAGCGACGCGGGUUCGAGCCCCCCUUAGGCCGCAAUGGCGGGCGCGGAGCCGGAGCCCGGGGAAGUCGGCGGUAGUGGCUCGACUCUUCCGGGCCGGAGCCACGGUACCGUGCGCUUGGCUCCGCUGGACCCCGAGCAGCUGCAGCGGGUUCUGAAGCAGGUGACUCGGGCACAGCCACCGCCCAGCGUGCUGUCGGACGCGGGGCGGCGGCUCCCGGACGGGGCCCGGCAGACCGCCCAGCAGCGGGGACCGGGCGCCGAGGCCCCGCGCCUGCUGACACCCCAGGUGAGGUGCCGCGCGCGGUGGAGAGGCCGGAGCUGGCCGGUGCGGCCGGCGUUCGGAGCCUUGGUCGUCUACGCCCAGCUCCGUGGGAACGGCGCAGUGACGUACUCCGAGCGCCCGGCCCCCCUCGGGGACAUCCUCCUUUCUCUGCGCUCAGCCCUGCUCCGAGCCCCUCCGCGUCUGGCUCCUCCAGCUCCUUGUCCUUCUGAACUUGAAGCCAUUUGUGUCAAGGUAUCUGGUGAUACAAAAAUUAAGGAACGAGCAAUGCCCCCUCUGGCCACCAUCCAACCCAAAACUGUAAGACAAAGUCAGCUUCCUGGGGGAAGCUCCAGCAUGGGUGUGUCUGCCUCCAGCCCUCAGCUGCUCAGGGUGCAGGCCCUGGGGAGGACUGAGUCACAGCCGCGCACCUGUAGAGGCUCUCUUCAGCCUCCUGCUCCUCAGGCGUUGGUACAGAGAGUUUCGAAGAGAGUCAAGGCCCACAGGACUGCCCACGGGCGUGGUAUCACUCUGAGCCCUGUGGCAGCCUCAGGUCCACACACCCUAGCAGCUGUGUCAUCUGGCUCAGCGAGGCUCUUGAUCUCCAGCUUGCAUACAGCGCAUACUGAGAAGUCGAAGAAAUCUUUAAGGGUGAGAACUCGAUCUGGACGGGUAUCCCGGCCUCCCAGGUAUAAAGCCAGAGAUUACAAAUUCAUCAAGACUGAAGACUUAGCAGAAGGGCAUCUGUCGGAUUCUGAUGACUAUUCAGAGCUCAGUGUGGAGGAGGAGGAGGAGCUGAGGGAGAAGCCAGCUUUCCUUGACCUUGAAGUCUGCGCCCUGAGGCCCAAGGCCUUUAAGUGUCAGGUGUGUGAGAAGUCAUACAUUGGAAAAGGGGGGCUGGCGAGGCAUUGUAAGCUCAACCCAGACCACUGCCAGCUGCAGCCUGAGGCCUUGCUCUGUGGGAAAGCUAAUGGGAGCCCGACCCUGGGCUGCUCGGACUCAAAGACCAGAGGCCUGGCUUGCCUGAAACCGUCCAUACCAGCUACUCACUGCAUGGAAGAGGCAGGGUCAGCUUGGCCUACCCUACAGAAUGGUGAGCCUGUCGAAGUUGAAGAAACACUGGUACCUGAACCACAAAAUAGAAGUCCCUCAGCUCUUCUGAGACCAGAGAAGUACCUAAAACCUAAAAGUGGAAAUUGGGAAAGCCAGGCAGAAUUCAGCACAGCCAGCCUCCAGGAGAGCAGAGCAGUCCAGCCAAACAGCCACCCUGCUGGUCCUUCAGGGCUGAGUGUGUCCAGGGGAGCCGAGCUCCGGGAGGCGCUCAGGCAGUGUGGCCGGGAGGAGUUGCUGGGAUUGGUGCUACCUCAGCUGGCUCAGGCGGUGACCCUGUAUGAACUCCUUCUGGUGAAGGUUGAGAAAAGUCCCAGGACGAAGCCUUUCUUUCCUGCUGUGUACAAGGAGUUUGAACAGCUGUAUGACGUGGUGAAGAGGAUGUGUCAGGAUUACCUCAGCAGCUCUGGUGCAUGCUCUCAGGAGCCUCUGGAGAUAAACAACGAUGAGGUUGCCAGGUCCUUGGGAAUCACAGAAUUCCUGAGGAAGAAAGAGACACCUAAGUGCUCCAGCCAGGAGACGGAGGGGAAGCUGGAGGAAGGCAGUGGACGGAAGAGGGAGAGGGAGCUGGGCGCACUGGCCACAGGGGAGGGGCUGGCCACGGUGAAAAAGCCCCGAACAGUGGCUUUGCCCACAGAUGUCCCUGAGUAUCUUCCCUCCACCAGUGGAUGCCAGCAGAAGUCUAAGUCCUCACGUGCUCCAGCCAUCAGCAAGGGUUCUGAGCCUGCAGCCACUGAGUGCUCUCUCUGCUCGGAAGGAAGCUGUCGGGAGAUGGUGCCUGACAGUGAUGGGAAUGGACCACCUGUGGGCCAGCGGCAUCCAGUGAUGGCACCCGAUGACUUUGAGGCCAGGAACAGCUCUGCAGACCCUACUCUUGUGUGUCAGGAUGUCAGUGGGUCAGUUCUUCAUUCCCUGGUAGCCGAGCCCAGAGGGAUGCCUGCAGCCCGGGAGUCUGUGUUUUCUGAAGAGACUGCUCCAGAACACACUAUAGAUGAGGAUUCUGUGGCUCUCCGGAAGAGCAACAGUGUCUGUGAUACGCCAUCAUUAGGUGGAAGAGUUGAACUUAGAGAAUCGGGAACUGCAGAGGCAGGAGACCUCCGGGAGACAGACCAAACCCACCUCAGUGGCCAGCAGGCCAUUCCCAGCCAUGCCCUUCUUGCAGAGGCUGCAGCCGUUCCACUGCAUAGCAUUUUGCCUGCGAACACCUUGCCAGCUGCCUGUGUUUCCAAGAUUGUGCCAGAGCCAGAGCCAGUGCUUCAUCCUGGACCAGGUGGAUCACUGUGCACGAGUGGGGAUCCCAGGGUCGGAAGUGACGCUGGAGACAUAAGCCAGCUCCUCUCUAGGAUGGAGACACAUGGCCAGAGAGAGACAGAGACUGCGGCUGCCAUAGGGGAACCCCUGGCUUUUGAUAUUUCUGAUGUGUGCCAGGAAGUAUUGUCUCAGGGACAGGAGCAGAUUUUUAUUCGGACUUCCAAUGGGUUUAUUUUGUCCUAUCCAAGUACCAUAGUAUCUCAGGAAGAAGACAGUGUCAUAGUGACUAAUGCAACGGGUUCUAUCCUGAGGUUUGGCCCACCAGAAGGCGUUACUCUUGAAGCCAUGGAAGCCUUUCUCACUGUAGAGGCAGAGUGCUCUCAGUGAGCAGGAGCCAGGGGUUGUGUGUGUGUGUGUGUGUGUGUGUGUGUGUGAAAGAGAGAGAGAGAGAGAGAGAGAGAGAGUCAGAGAGAGGGAAUAUGAUAGGUGUGUAUGUGAACAUGUGUGUGUUAGAGAGAGAGAAGAGAGAAUGUGUGUUUGUGUGUGUGUGUUCAGGGCAUUAUUUUUUAAGGCCUGGUCCCAUGUAGUCCAGACUGGCCUUGAACUCCCAAUCUUCCUGCCUUGAUCUACUGAAUGGUAGUGUGACAGGGAUGUCCCACCAUGCCAGGCAGAUCUUUGAACCUAUAUUUAUAUGGAUUUUAUCAGAGAAGGUCAAUUUUAGGCUAUGUAUUUUUCUAAUGUGAAUACUGACACAAACAGACCAUUUAUAAAGAGUAAUGUCUGUCCCAGCGCUGUUUCUCAGGACCUCUUCACAAUAGCGAACAGUACAGGCAGGUUUGUGGGUUUGGAAGCAGGGUUUGCACAGCCCUGGCUGGUCCUGAAUUGGUGAUUCUCCUGCAGCUAGACUUGCAGAUGUGGCUGUGGCAGAUGCAGACCCUCUUACACAGCGAGAGGUUGGUGGCUGUAGCAGUUACGCUUCAUUUCAUCGUCACCCACCAGCCUUGCGGCCGUUCCACAUCAUUCCGCCUCCGCUCUUGAUGAUGUGCUGUUUCUUCCACAGAUGACGUCUGUACUUCAGGAAGCUAGCCGAUUUGGCAGUGUUCUACUGAAAAGUCAAAAUGAAAGUCAUUUGUAUUUGCUUUCUUGAUGUGUGUGGGGAUUGAAAACAGCCUUGAACGUGUGGGCAGCCUUAGUCACUGAGCUCCAUCUUUAAGACAGUCUCGUGAAGUGGCCCAAGCAGUCCUCCAAUCUGUGCUCCUCCUGUUAGCCUCCGGUAGCUACAGUGACAGGCUGUGUGAUCAGGUGGGGUUUUGUUUGCUGUUUGGUUUUUUUGUUUUGUUUUUGAGACAGGGCCUCACUAUGUAGCUCUGACUAGAAAUCACUACGUAGACUAAGCUGGCCUCCAACUUAGAGAUCUAUCUACCUCCUGAGUGCUGAGACUAAAGGUAUGUGCCAUCAUGCCCAGCUUUCUUCCUUCCUUUAUCUAAUUCCGGGAUGGCUCUCAGGUUGCCAGACAUGCACAGUGAGUGCCUAUACCCAAGGAGCCUUCUCACCAGGUAUCCACUUGGGUUUAUGUUCAUUCUCCCCACACCCCAAGACUGGGUCUUGCUAUAGCUGAGGUUGGCUUUGAACUUAGAAUCCUCCUGCCUCUGCUUCUCCAGUGCUGACAUAAAAGGCUCUACAGAAACCUAGGGCUCACGGGGAAGCCCAUCACUUUUGAUGUUUCAGCUGUAACAUACUGUCUCAGGAUUUCUUUGUGAGGGUUUCCAUGGCAAUAUUGUGGGACUAAGGAGAAUGCUGUUUGUCCUUAUUAGAUGAGAGCACUGGACUUCAGCAGUUCUUGGCUUACUCCUGCAGUCUUUGGAAGACCUGAGCGCCUGAGACGCAGCUGCACGGCAUCCUGGUGCUGUGCUGAGUCAAGAUGAAUUGCUCCCCACCGCCCUUGCCCUUCCUGUUUUCUCACUCUCAAAGUAGGGGUCACAGGGAUGAACAGGUGGGUCUCCUAGCAGAACAGGGGUGCCUGGAACUGGGGACCAUCAGACCAACCCAGGAAGGGCUGUGUCUUGUGGACCAGGCCACUCCUCAGAAGCCUACCACGUCCCAUUGCCUGAAUUCCUAAUCUGCUAUUGGGGCAUGUUGACAUUUAUUAUUUUAUCUUCAGUGCUUUGUGGUUUGCCUGAAAUGCUUUACAAAAGACACCACCGACCACGUCUUUCCCAGUCUUCACUGUGGAGUCACCUCAGACCUUCUCAGUCCGGGGCAAGGUGGGUCCGAGCUUUUUGUCUCCUUCCCUGUGAACUUGGCAGGUUUGAGACUGUAGAAGGCGUGUGUGAUCCACCACUGUGCUCAACCUCAAGUGCCACACUGACCUCUGAUGACAUCUGAGCUGUUCAGAUAGGAAAUACGCUGCAGGAUCAAUAUCUGUUUAUCUUAGUUUCUGCCUGUCCUCGGCUGUAUUGAUCUUUCCAUUAGCACUCUUGUGUGCUAAUGGGUGGCUGGGGAGCAGAUCACCGAGAAGCCACAGAAGUUGGGUCUGAAAUCUCAGCAUUGGAGGUGAGGUGGGAGCGUAGUGAUUCUGAAGUCAGCAUGAGUUAGUUACCCAGCAGGCCCAUCUCAGAAAACGUAAGGAAAUCUUUAAGCAUGUAGACUGGUCUGGAAAAGGAGAGUUUGAUUACCCUCAUGCUGGACAGCUCACAACUGCCUGCCUCUAGUUCUACCUCCAAAGGAUCCAGCGCCCUCCUUCGGUCUCUGGGCAGCUAUAGCCAGGUGCACGUAAGCUCACACAGGCACAUGUACAACUUAAAAACAUUAGAAAGCUAACUCCAGGAAACAGAAGACAGCUAUACACAAGCUAAAAGUAGGCAUCAUGAGCCACAGAUUGCUUGGUCAAAGACUGUAGCAUGUCCAGAUCAACCUGGCUGUGGAGUGAGGUCAUGUCUCAAGCAAACGUGUCUAACUCUGGACCUUUGUCCUCUGGGAAAAGGGAGCAGCAGAGGGCACAGCGCUCACUGUGUAAACCUGAUGAACUGAGUCCAGAUCCCUAGAAGCAGCAUAGCACAGCACAAGUGUAGGUAACCCCCAUGGCAUCUACAAGGAGAUAGAGGCUGAGACAGGAGAAACACAAGCUUGCAAGCCAGGUAUCCCGGUGUUUACAGCAGUGAACAAGAGGCUCUGUAUCAAGGCAGAAGGCAAGGCCCCACACCCACUGCAGAUGCAAUGUAGCUCGUGUGCCCAUACACACAGACACGAGAGAAGGAGCAGGGUAGUCUUGGGUAUUCCCCAAAAGAUGGGCGCAGUGGCCCAAGAGUGCCCACCCCCAGAUGGGAACAGUGGUCUUAGUGCGCCCCCAUCAGGAAGGAGUGAAGGAAGUACAAGUGGUCGUUCCUGAGGGCCAGUUGACCUCACUAUACAGGCAGCUCUCCCUGAGGAAUGUUAGUUCUCUAUGGACUUAGGCAGUAUGCUAAUGGCUGAGAGAAAGCCAAACAGACACAGCACAUCCAGGCCCCAGAUGGAAACAAGCUGCAGUUAUUGGUCGUCUCACUGGCUUGUUCAUCUUUUCAUGCAAGCAGUAGCAAGUUUUGGUAAGUGGUUUUCAUUUUUGUGACACUAUACUCAAUUAAUUCUAUUGGAUUAAAAACAGUGUAUUUCAAUAUAUUUUAUUAAUAUAUUUUAUAUAUUAAAUAUAUAUAUUUCCAGCUAUAGGAGAAAUGACUGAGCACUUAAGAGCAUGAACUGUUUUUCCAGAGGACUGACUGGAGUUUGGUUUCUGACACCCAAAUCAGGUGGCCGACAACCUCUUGUAACUCUAGCUCCAAGGACCCCACCCCCACCCCCAUUUGUGGUUGCCCUGGUCAUCUGUACAUGUGGCCUAUACACAAAUACCUAAGUAAAACUAAAAUUUAAAAAGAUUAUUUCUCUGUGGGUGCAUGUGCAUUUGCACACAUGCACAUGCAAAUAUGUGUGGCUGCCAGGGGAAACCAGAAGUUCACAAGUGCUCUCAACUGCUAAACCAUCUCUCUGUCCCCACUUAGGAGACUUUACACGUCUGGUAUUUCUGGGAUAGUUUCAGAACUAAAACAUUCUCUUCAGAUUUUAAGCACAGGGUUGGGAGUGUGGACCAGCAGUUGAAUAUUCAGUUUGUAUGAAGUCUGGAUUUGAUUUCCAGGACCACAAAACAGACAAAUGGAGGACAGGUACAAAGUAGUAGCUUCUAGGAAACUCAGGCUGUCUCCAGGAUGUAACAGUGAAGUCCGCCGGUUUACAAAACUCGGCCCUCAGCCAUUGUUUAUGUCACUGGAGCUUCAGGAUCUCUGGGACGGAGCAGUGGGGCAGCUGCAGCAGUGGGGAGAGCGACCCCAGGACCCUUGAGGCACAACAGCCAGUGGUCUGGAGCUCCAAGACCGUGGUCACAGGCAAGGUGGCCAGGGAGUCAAAGGGCCCGGUGCCCUGUUUCCAGCAGCAUGCUCUCUAGCUGCAGCUUGCUGUCGCUCUCUAUGUAGGGCUGGUGCAGCCACAUGGACAGGUAGGUCAGGCUGAGGUUGCGGUCUACAGUAUGGGCCAGCUCUGCGCCAAUGGUGUGCUUCAAAAGGAGCUCCUUCCUGUAUGCUUCGGAGAGCUGGUGGGAGACCUCAUCUGCAACAGAGCACACACCAUGGCUGCAUGAGAACACUGUCCUGAGUUGGAGCCGAGCUUUCACAGGCUCCUGAUUAAAAGCCGGAGCUGGUACUGGCAAGGUGACUCACCUGGUAGAGUACUUGCCCAGCAUGCAUGGAGCCCUAGGUCUAAUCCCCAGUGCCCAGAGGCAGUGUGGGGGUGAAUGCUUGCAACCCAGCGCUUGGAAGAGGAUGGAGGGGGGGGGGUACAAGAUCAUCCUCAGUGUCCUGGGCAACAGAAAACAUAAAAGCAGAUAGAGCAGCACUGGGAUAAAGAAGGACCAAGCCAGUCUAGAUGGAUGGGUAAAUGGUAGGAAGCACAAGGCCACACAACUCUUGCGAAACUUGUAAUGGUAAGCCACUUCAUCCAGAUGAAGCAGGGGGACUGCUAUAAGUUUGAGGCCUGCCUGGGCCAGUUUAGCCUAGACUAAGUUUAGCCUAGACUAAGACUAUGGAAAAGGAAGGGGGCUAGAGAGGUGAUCUAGCAGUUAAGAGCACUGGAUGCUCUUCCAGAGGAGCUGGGUUCAAUUUCCAGCACACGUGUCAGGAGGUGACAAAUCCAUAUCACUCCUGCUCCAGGGGGACACAGUGCCCCUGGUCUUCAAGGGCACCUGUCUUCAUGUAUGUGCACAUACCCACACAAAUAAUUAAAAAUAAAGUAAAUCUUAAAAAAAUAAACUUUCAGUCCCCAGCUCCGAAAAAAAGAAAAAAGAAAAAAAAAAAAACAAACUGAUCUGGGUGGUGGUGGCUCACACCUUUAAUUCCAGCACUUGAGAGGCAGAGGCAGGUGGCUCUCUUGAGAAUCUGAGGCCAGCCUGGGCUACAGAGUGAGUUCCACAGCAACCUGGACUACACAGAGAAAAUCAAAACGAACAAAACAAAAACAAUACCCCCACCCCUCCUCAAAACCCCAAUAUCAAGUAGUUUAACCUCCACAAAGUUUUUUCUGCAUUUUAUUCUUUCUCUGCAUGUACAUCCCAUGUGUAAACAAUGUAUAGGUCAGAUAGCAACUUCCAGACACUGGUUCUAUUAUGUGGGUCCUAGGGAUCAGCCAGGUUUCCGGACGUGGUGGCAAGAGCCUUUACCUGCUAAUGUAAAAGUUUUUAUUCACCGGAUGCAGUUGUCUCAGAGGCUCACUAUCUCCAUCUGUUAACCUAGACCUAGUUCUGGAAGCUUCUAGCCUCUGCACAAUCUUAUUUAGGCCUAGAAUGUUCAGCCUCUGAGACUUAACUUCUGAAUAAGCCCCUUCUUUCUAGCUCUUUCUGAAUUCGGGCUAUCUGGUUCAACUCAGCUGUUCUAGCUCAAACUCCUCUCCAAGCUGACUGGUUCAAUCUGGCUUCUCUCAGCCUCUGACUGCACUGCCCCACUUGGCCUCAAACUAACAGUAGGUUCCCAUCUUCUAGCUCCUUUUUAUUCUCUGGGUCGUUCUAUCUUUACCCACGUCUAGCAUGUUUUCCAAUCUGUCUGAUAAAACUCUCCUGUAAAAUUGUCUCUUCUUUCUCUUUGCACUGCCUUUUAAGUAGCUUCCCUUUCCUCCCUCUUCUCAUGGGAUUUCAGCAUAUCCUAUUCUGUCAGAUCUUUCUCUGACAUAUCUGCCACUUCCUGUCACUUCCCUGUCAUUCAAUUAGACUUCACUUUCAAACAUGGAUGCUUCCCUCUACAAACUAACUUCACCUUCAAUGUUUGGGAUUAAAAGGUGUGUGCUGGGUUGGGGAUUUAGCUCAGUGGUAGAGUGCUUGCCUAGGAAGCGCAAGGCCCUGGGUUCGAUCCCCAGCUCCGAAAAAAAGAACAAAAAAAAAAAAAAAAAAAAAAAAAAUCCAUCCUAAAAGGUGUGUGCUAAGGGCUGAACCACACUGCAAUUAGAAACAGUAGAUAACACAAUCUCUGGGCUCACAGUGUGAUCAAAUAUCCUGCAGCAUGCUGAAGUACUAGCCCGUUUAGCCCCACAUUUGAGUCCAGGCUGCUCUUAAACUCACUGCGAUCCUCCUGCCUCAAACUCCCAGGUACUGGGUUUAUGAACUUGUACCAUGUGCUGGGUAAUUUAUGUCAAUUUGAGACAUGCUAGAACUAUAGGGGAGGAGGGAACCUCAGUUUGGCUGUUAGGAUUCUUAAGUAGCCAUGGAUGUGGGUGGGGAACUCGAGGAAGGUGGUCCUGGGUUUGAUAUUUGAGCAGGGAGCAAACCCUGGAGAAGCAAGCCAGUGAGCAGUAACCCCCAUGGCCAGUCCUGUCUGAGUUCCUGUCCUGUCGAUGAGGAAAAUGCUGUGGAAACGAGAGCCAGAGAAACCCUUUCCUCCCCAGGUUGAUUCUACUCGUGGUACUUCAUCAGAGCUUGUCUAACCAGGGAAGACUAUCAUGCGAAAUGUCACUUUUCUCAACGAUGGUCUCUGAGGUUGGCUGAAGUGUCCCCGACUGAUGACUGAUUUAUUUGUUUUUUUAAAGACAGGCUCUCAGUUUAUAGCUGAGCUGGCCUUAACCUGACAAUUUUCCUGCUUUUGCUUGUCCAUUACUAACUAGCACUAUAGGAAUGCAUGCUACCAAAUCUGUAUCCAGCUUAACUUUUACAUCUGUCCGUCCGUCUGUCUGCCUUUUAAAAGGCAGAGGCCCUGUGUCCUUUCCUAAGGACUGGAUUUAAGCAAUGCUGAUGCCCUUCUUAGAAUGGCCUCCAGAAGAACUACUUACAGAAGAAGGCCGUGGGCCAUGUGUGAAACAGAGGGGGCCGGCUGCUCUCUUCCCUGUAGUGGUAAUUUUCUAGUUCACAAAUUCCCUUGGUGGUUGAAGACAGCUUUUCCAUUUUCAUUUGUAUUUUAGUCUGAAAAGAUAUUAAUUUGGAAUAUGAGAAUACUGCUUAGAAUUUCUAAUCUCAGACUUAGUAACUAUAAAAGACUUGAAGGCUACGAUGUAUAGUCCUGGUGGGGCUGAAAUUCCAGUCAUUCACCCCAUUAACUCCACAGAAGACAGCAGAUUUCCAGAGGAAUGGAGACAGGUGGGAGUUGUGGUUUUCACAGCCUUAGAGAAAGCAGAGCUUGCGGAGUCCCACCUCAGUAAGGUUUCUAAGCAGCAGUAGCAGUUUAGUUCCAAAGGUCUGGCGGAGUCCCCGUGGGCUGGUAUCACAGAAUGACACAGGCAGAAAGGCACCCAGCAUGCACGUUUCUGCCUCUCUAUGAAGCCUCUGUGAGCCUCUCUUUUCUUACUCAUAUGGCAUCGAGAGUGAAAGGGAGCCUCAUGCACACAGGAGAAGGCAGUAAGAACCUGAAACCUGGGUCUCUGAAGACCUCCCUUCCCCUGCUACUGUGUCCUCUGCCAGCUCCCAGCAGGAGACACCAGCACCUUCUCCACAGUGACCAAAGUAUGACAGAUGGAGGGGCAGUGACGUGGGUCAUGAAACACCCGGCUACACAGUGAUCAUUAAAUACAAUAGACAGAGCUAACUAGGGUUUUAGAUUUAAGUAGCAAAGGUUUAUUAAAACUAAAUCUCGGGGUUGGGGGUUUAGCUCAGUGGUAAAGUGCUUGCCUAGCAAGCGCAAGGCCCUGGGUUCGGUCCCCAGCUCCGGAAAAAAAACAAAAACAAAAACAAAAAACAAAACUAAAUCUCCUAACUCCUCAGUGUAGUUAACUGUUAUGUGUCUGAGGGAUAAAAGAGACGGAUAGCAUCAGUCAUAACUCCUGUACUGGAUCCUCCCAACUGCCGUCCAUCCCCUGGUUUUAUCGAAAGUGACACACACUAAAUUUAGCAAAUGUUAAUCUUUAAAAGCCUCUCCUUUCUCAAAUCAUCUUAGGUUCGAUAUUUCCCUUCGCUUAACCUCCAGACAGGCUCCAUCAUUUCCAGUCGCAGCUGGGAAGAUGCUCAAGGUUGAGGUGAGGAGGCGGGCGGGGCCAGGGCUGGAUCUGUGCUUUUUGAACCCAACUCUGUAAAGAAGUCUACACCCGGGGGCUGGGGAUUUAGCUCAGUGGUAGAGCGCUUACCUAGGAAGCGCAAGGCCCUGGGUUCGGUCCCCAGCUCCGAAAAAAAAGAACCAAAAAAAAAAAAAAAAAAAAAAAAAGAA